AGAACGCUGGGUCCAAACCGACGGGCACACUUUGGCAGGCCCCUUAAAAUUUCUGCAGGAAUUUUCUAGUUCCUCUAUUACUCUUCACCUUUUGUAAUAAAGGCUGUUGCAUAUUAAAAAAAUCUUAGUCUGAUUCUAAAAUUUUCAAACACGUAUAGCACAUUUACACAAGGAAUGUAAGCAACGAAUCCUUUUUCAAAUACUCUCCAAAUCUCAGGUAAGACAAUACAGUUUAAUCAAACUAUUAUGUUUUUAGGCUUCACUUUAAUCAGUCAAACAGAUUUGCUCAGGAAUAAAUGAAAUAUUUUAGUGAACCAAAAUAUUACAACUAGAUGUUACCUGGGCUUAAUAUCUGUGUUUAACUAACUGUCAUUUGGGAAGCCCAAAUGAGUCAGGUGUUCUCCCGUGGUAUACUAAACCUGGACCAGCUGGCGAGGGGUGCUGAUAUCUCCGAAAACGUCGGAGCAAUAUUGCAAUUAGGUGAUGCACUGAUGAACCAAGCAGAAAUGUGAGAUUUAUACAUCUACAUUCUCGCCUACAAACAUUGUUUAAAUCACGUUGUGUCACGGCUGCUAAGCAACAUAACGUCGAGGUGGACGCUAGGCAGCUAGCUGAAGGCUACAGCUUCUCUCUGCAAUGCUCUCUGCCUUCGCAGAGAGCACAUGUGGGCCUCUUCCGUAGACCGGGUCGUUUCUCAAGCCCACGAAAGAAUAAGCUUGAAAGGAUGCAGACCCUGAAUUCGGACACAAAGCUCUAGUGGUCUGGAACACUUAUUUUUAAAUAUUUUUUGCAUCUCUUUUUUUGUUUUCGUCUUUGUAUUUGUUUUUCUCGUGUUUGCUGCGCGUUUGCACCUGUCGACCACCGUAGUAUUUUAAAGAUUCUGUAUUUUAGUUCUGCUGGGGUCCAUAUGGUUAUGUGUAUUUGUUAUAAGUUGCAUUGUGAUCACUGUUAUGUGUAGAGUGUUAUGGGCUUCCCCUGUCUGACUCUGCUGACUUCCAAUCACAUGUGAUGGACCUGUCAUGUGGACGGGGGAUCAGGAGAGCGGGAGGACCAGGACCGAUGAUGAUCUGACAGAACACCGGAAGAGCGGAGAGUUCAGUGUGUGUUAGCAGUGAAGCUAUUCAGUUAGACUCCUAACGGUUUGUUAGAGGCGCGAGCUGCAGCCUAAGGAAUGGCAGCUCACUCUUAUUUCUAAUAAACCCUGUUGGCGGUACUACAUCUGCGGUGUGUUGACGUCAUUACAGAAUUUACUUACAGUGUAGUAUACUGAGUUAGUUCCUCAUUUAAGUUUAGUUGGAUUACCCCCCAGACCACUAGAGGGAGCAGUGGGAAGCUAGAAGGAGAGUUUAGCAAGUAAGGCUAGGGCAGAAGGAGCUAGUGCCUGUAGUGUGUUAAGUUGUGUUCAAGACCGAAUAAACAAGUUAAAAGACAACGGCUGACAGUGACUACUACUUCGUGGAAGUGAAGAUAUCACAUAUUGGCGAUGAGGAUACUGGCUAGAAACGGGACGGAUGCACGUUGUCGUGCGGAUACACACGAGGCGGAGAGAUUACCAAAGGAGGUGAUUAGCAAGGCCGCAAUGAGCGCGACAUUCGGCACUCUGUCAGCAUUUGAUGCUAAAGAACAAACUUGGGAAGAAUACUGUGAGAUUCUUGAUCAGUUUUUUGAAGCAAAUGACAUUGAUGAUAGUGAUAAGCAGAGGGCUAUCCUUAUUAGUGUGGUGGGACCAGCCACGUCUAAGCUAAUGAGAAACCUCGUCAGCCCGGACAAGCCCAGCUCUAAAACGUACAGUCAGUUGGUUACAAGGCUGAAAGAGCACUUUAAUCCAAAACCAAGUGAGAUUGUGCAAAGAUACAAGUUUGACUCUCGUUCCCGUCAACCUGCUGAGUCCGUCAGUGCGUAUGUAGCAGAGCUCAGACGCCUGGCUCAAGAUUGUAACUUUGGUGCUGGAACGGAGGCUGAGAGAUCGUCUAGUGUGCGGGAUUGAUAACGAUAGGAUUCAAAGACGUCUGCUGUCGGAGAGUGACCUGACAUUGGGAAAAGCAUUUCAGAUAGCUGUCGCCGAGGAAGCUGCAAACAGGAACGUUUCAGACCUGCAACAGUCAGCGGCGUGUCACAGCAUGGAGGCGGAGGGAAAAGAAAAGAGCAGAUUGGAAAAGAGAGAGAGAGAGUUACCGAUGUCAUGGAAAACACCACAGUGCUGCCGAAUGUAGGUUUAAAGACGCCAAAUGUCACAUUUGUGGGAAAAUAGGACAUAUUGCCAGGGCAUGCAGGUCCAGAAAUAAAAAGAAAGAUGAGACCAGGAUUAAGGAAAGAGGAGCACGUCAAGGCGGGCGCCAAGGACGGUCACACAGAUCACACAAGGUAUGUGAAAAACAAGAUGAAGACAAUAGUUCAGAUCAAGAUGAAGAAGCAUUCACUCUAGCAUGUUUGUCAACGGAAACGUCUAUCUAGAAAGUUGAGCCCUUCGAAGUAAAAGUGGAAGUUAACAGAAAAGAAGUGAAGUUUGAAAUUGACACAGGAUGUAGUGUCAGUCUUAUGAAUGAAAACCACUUUUUGGAGUUGUGGCAUAAAGACGGUCGACCACAGAUGAAAGAAAGUAAACUCUCUCUUAAAUCAUACAGUGGAGAGAAAAUUACAGUGGUUGGUGUAGCUCAGGUUGAAGUGAACUAUGCAAACCAGAAGAAAACGCUGCCCCUAGUGGUAGUGAAGGGAACUGGACCAAAUCUCGUAGGCAGAGGAUGGCUGGAAGAAUUGAAACUCAAGUGGGAUGAGAUUAAACACGUGAAAACAGAGGCACAAGGAUUACAGGAAGUUCUCUUGAGACAUGAAGAGGUUUUUAAAGAAGAAUUGGGAAUGUUAAGAGGUGUGCAUGCAACCAUCCGUGUAUCUGCAGACGCCCAUCCUAAAUUUUACAAACCCCGUUCAGUCCCAUAUGCCAUGAGGUCUAAGGUGGAAGAGGAGUUAGAACGACUUUUAAAGGAGGAUAUCAUAACCCCAGUAAAGUAUGCAGAUUGGGCAGCGCCCAUUGUGCCCGUUCUGAAGCCGGAUGGCUCUGUCAGAAUUUGUGGUGAUUAUAAAUUAACAGUAAACAAUGCUUCAUCACUGGAACAAUACCCAAUUCCCCGCGUUGAAGACCUUUUCAAUGCACUAACAGAAGGCAAACAGUUUACCAAGCUCGACCUAAGUCAUGCAUAUCAGCAGAUAGUUAUGGAUGAGGACUCCAAGAAAUACCUGACGAUAAACACACACCGUGGCCUUUUCACUUAUAACAGACUACCAUUUGGAGUGUCAUCAGCCCCAGCUAUUUUCCAAAGAACAAUGGAAAGCUUGUUGCAAGGUCUCCCAAAUGUAGUAGUUUACUUGGAUGACAUACUGCUAACUGGAAGUGACACCAGAGGACACCUGAAAACGCUGGAUGAAGUUCUCAAACGACUAAAGGAAGCCAGACUGCGACUGCACAGGAGUAAAUGUGCAUUCUUACAGGAUCAGGUGGAAUACCUGGGUCACAGAAUCGAUGCGGAAGGUUUGCACCCAGUACAAAGCAAAGUGAGAGCCAUUGAGGAAGCUCCACCUCCCACCACAGUAACUUGAACUAAAAGCUUUUUUGGGCCUCCUAAACUACUACAAGUUUCUUCCUAACCUUGCUACACGCUUAGCACCA